UGCGAAGGAGUAGUCCAAACGAGCUGCGAAGCUCUUGAUUUUCCCUCAUUACAUGGCUGGCGUGUUCUGUCUCUGUUAACCUACAAUUCCAUACCUAACUGCAUAGCCCUUUAAGCAGCCCGCUUGCGCAGACUGAAGCUUAGGACUGUUGGCUGCCAUCUUGCCGAUUCGGAGCAGCAGAAACGUAGUGUGUGUGUGUGUGUGUGUGGGGGGCAAAAACACGAAGAGAGAGGAGUGUGCGAGACAGACGGUUGAAUGAAUUACUCGGGCUUGGAAAGACACGAAACUUCAUUGUGUAGUUAACAACUGUCGCUAGGAGCAGCGGUGCAGCGUAAAUCUCCGGCGGUUGUCAUGCCAUCUGUGCCCCUGCCGCCCAAAGAGAGUAACCUCUUUAAGAGAAUCCUGAAAUGUUACGAACAAAAGCAGUACAAAAAUGGGUUGAAAUUUUGCAAGAUGAUCCUUUCCAAUCCCAAGUUUGCAGAACAUGGAGAGACAUUGGCAAUGAAAGGGUUGACUUUGAACUGCAUUGGAAAAAAGGAGGAAGCAUAUGAGUUUGUCAGGAGAGGAUUGAGGAAUGAUUUAAAAAGCCACGUCUGUUGGCAUGUUUAUGGUCUUCUGCAAAGGUCUGAUAAAAAGUAUGACGAAGCUAUUAAAUGCUAUCGUAAUGCUCUGAAGCUGGACAAAGACAAUCUGCAGAUUCUAAGAGACCUAUCUCUCCUGCAGAUACAGAUGAGAGACCUGGAAGGUUACAGGGAAACAAGAUACCAGCUUUUACAGUUGAGACCAACACAACGAGCAUCAUGGAUUGGCUAUGCAAUUGCCUAUCAUUUAUUAAAAGAUUAUGACAUGGCCUUAAAGUUAUUAGAAGAAUUUCGGAAAACACAACAGGUCCCUCCUAAUCGAAUAGAUUAUGAGUAUAGUGAGCUACUGUUAUACCAAAUUGAAGUCAUGAGGGAAGCUAUGUUGUUUGAGGAGUCACUAGAACAUAUUGAGAAUUAUGACAAACAGAUUUGUGACAAACUCGCUGUUGAGGAAAUCAAAGGGGAUAUGUUUUUAAAAUUAGGUAGGCUUGAAGAUGCUGCAGUGGUUUAUCAAGAACUGAUUAACAGAAAUGCAGAAAACUGGUCAUAUUAUGAAGGCUUAGAAAAAGCUCUUCAGCCAAGUACCAUAGAGAAGAGGCUUCAGAUUUAUGAAGAUAUUGGCAAGCUACAUCCCAGAGCUAUGUCUCCUAAGAGGUUGCCAUUAAAUUUUGUCUCAGGGGACAACUUUAGGGAAAUAAUCAAUAAAUUCUUAAAAAACAAUUUCAGCAAAGGCUGUCCUCCUUUAUUCACAACUUUGAAGUCACUCUACAGCAAUCCAGAAAAGGUUUCUGUAAUACAGGAGCUGGUUACUGGUUAUGAAACUUCAUUAAAAGCAUCUGAUUCAUUUAGUCUUAAUGAAAGAGAUGCAAAGGAGCCUCCAACCACUCUACUUUGGGUUCGAUAUUUUCUGGCACAACAUUUUGACAGACUCGGCCAGUGGUCUUUGGCCCUGGACUACAUUAACUCUGCAAUUGAAAGCACCCCAACAUUAAUUGAACUGUUCUACAUUAAGGCAAAGAUUUAUAAGCAUUUAGGUAACUUGAAAGAAGCUGCUAAAUGGAUGGAUGAGGCACAGUCACUGGAUACAGCAGAUCGGUUUAUCAACUCAAAAAGUGCAAAGUACAUGUUAAGGGCCAACAUGAUCAAAGAAGCAGAGGAAAUGUGUUCCAGAUUUACAAGGGAAGGAGCUUCUUCAGUGGAGAACCUUAAUGAAAUGCAGUGUAUGUGGUUUCAAACAGAAUGUGCUGCAGCCUUUCAGAGACUUGGAAAAUAUGGUGAAGCUCUGAAGAAGUGCCAUGAGAUAGAAAGGCAUUUUUUAGAAAUUACAGAUGACCAGUUUGAUUUUCACACAUACUGCAUGCGCAAAAUGACACUGCGUGCAUAUGUAGACCUUUUGAAGUUGGAGGAUGCACUGAGGAGACAUACGUUUUAUUUCAAAGCUGCGAAGUGUGCCAUCGAAAUCUACCUGAAACUUCAUGAUAAUCCUCUUGCCAUUGACAACAAAGAGCAAGAAGUAAAUUCAGGAAACAUGUCUGCUAAGGAACUGAAGAAGAUGUUGAGUAAGCAAAGACGUGCUCAGAAGAAAGCAAAAUUAGAGGAAGAACGAAAACAUGCAGAACGGGAGAGACAACAGAAAUACCUGAAAAAAAAGAGAGAUGAGGAGGAAGAAGAGACCAGUGGUCCUAAAGAGGAGCUUGUCCCAGAGAAACUGGAAAGGGUGGAAAAUCCAUUAGAAGAAGCUAUCAAAUUUCUAAUGCCAUUAAAGAAUCUUGUAACUGAUUGUAUAGAAACACAUCUUCUGGCUUUUGAAAUAUACUUUAGAAAAGGAAGAUUUCUCUUGAUGCUCCAGUCUGUCAAAAGAGCCUUUGCCAUUGAUUCUGAAAACUCGUGGUUGCAUGAAUGUUUAAUUAGGUUCUUUAAAACUGUGUCUGAUCACAGCAAUCUCCAUGAAACCGUGAACAAAGUAUUAUCUCAAGAAAUGAAGAAAAUCUUUGGAAACAAGAGCUGUGAGAAUUUCAAUGAUGAAUUUCUCACAAAAAAUUCUAACUCUCUUCAACACUUGUUGUCAGGUGCUAAAAUGAUGCAUUUUCUGGAUAAUUCAAGACAAGAAAAGGCUAUUUCUUUGGCUACCAGCCUAGAUGAUUCACUUUUGGACAGGGAUAUAAAGGACUGUGUGAAAGUUAUGGAUGCUCUUGCUAGUGGCAGUUUUGGGAGCUGCAAGUCUCAUUUAGAGGAGUACAGAAUGGCCUGCCACAGACUUUUUCCUCUAGCUUCAGCCUUCAAGCCGAUAACUGAUGAGGAGGACAAGAGUGCAGUUACUUUGAACAAUGCUACUGUUAAUGAUGGAUUGUUGUCCAGUGAGAUUUGACCCCACAACGCCUGCAUUUGUAUCAACUGCAACAGCAAGUGCCAGUGCCAGACCUGGUUUGCUUUAGAGAGCAAGAAAAUGGCCUGUUCAAAGAUUUUAGAAAUGUGAUCAAUAGCUUUAAAAAGAAAGGCAUCUUGACUGUAUUUGGAUUAUUGAAAUCUUUGAAACAAAACAUUUGUCUGAUAAUUUGUGUGCCUCAUCACAUGAUCCCCAGACACAGUAGCAGAAUAAAAUAAAAGAACCAUCUCUGCUUAGCCUUUUCCCACCCAGUCAUUUUUUAUUGUUGUUGUGUUUAUUUCAAAAUGAAGCUCAUCUGUUCACAUUUAUAUUAAAAAGCAUAGGAUGUUUUGGUUUUAAUUAAAUCUGUUAGUGCCACAGUUUUAAAUGAGUUGUCAUUUUUCCCUUUUUAAGCCUAAAUAAAUUUUAUAUUGAUUUUUUUCCCUACACAGUGGAGAAAAGAGAGAUCACCUGAUCUUAUUUGAAAGCAGAGAAGACGAUAACAAAGCUUUAUCUUAUCCUCUUUCAAUUUAACAUAUAGAGAUUCAAUGUGGUGGAGGUUUCUCAAACUUAAAUCAAUCUGCCUAUUUCAAACUGUAGCAACAAAGAAAACAAAUCCAUUUUUGCCUUAUUAUUAAAUUUGCUGUUUUGUAUGCACAUAAUUUUUUGAUCUGAAGCUAAGAAUUCAAUCUGAUCGAUGCACUGAUGCCUGCUGUUCAUUUUUUUUUUUUUUUUUUUUUCAUUGGUGAGUCUGUAUGUGUUAAGGCCGUCCCACUUUCAACCUGAAGCUUUGUGCAGUUGUCAACUUGUGGAAUUUUCCAGUUUGGGAAAAUUUGACUUCACCUGCAAGAGAUGCUGCAAAUGCAGGGAAAUGUUAGUGUUUACAUUAGGAGAAAUUUCAUUUGGUUGAUUUCUACCAUAUGCUUUAACAAAGUAUGUCAAUGGUUAAAACUGUCAUGUUUACAAUUACUUUUUUAUUCAUGGUUACCUACCUUUGCAAUCUUUCCCAGUUUGCCUUGGUCUCUUGUUUAUUUUUUAUUGUUGCUAUAACACUUUUGUUUUUGCAAAACCGUUUUUAAUAAAUAAUGGUAAUUAUAAAGGAAUGGAAUAUGACAAAAACCAAUUACCUUUUAACCCUUGUAAUGUUCUGCAUUAUGAGCAAAAGUGUUACUGUUAAAUGAUGAUGACAUAAUAAAUUAUUUUGUACUCUGUGUGAA